CCUCAUUGGUCUCUUGGCGGCUGCUUCUAGAAGGGAUUCAAGCCUGUGCUACGCGCGCCAUCGUCGUUGCUGGGCUUACGGAGCACGAGUUAUCAUCCUUUGCCAGCACAGAGGCGACGCAUCUAUACCCAAUAUCCUCGGUUCGUUAUCCAAUGUCAUGACUCGAGAUACUACACGGCCGACCGAAGGCGGGCCUGGUCACGGCCUCAACGAGACAGAUCUUGUCGCCGGAUUGUGGGAGGAGGCGCCGUUCGCCAGGCUACCGUUAGAUGCUCCGAACGAGUUGAAGGAGUUGCUCGAGGAUAUUGAUAAUCCAAAGAGGGUCUAUGCUGUCCAUCGCGCAAGUCGACGCCAUAAUUACCAGCUCCUCGUUCAGAAAUAUAUCGUCCAGUUGCGAGAUGGAUGCGGCACUGACUCCUGCACUACUCCGACCUGCUUCACUUGCAGGAAGCGCAUCGUCGGCCGGGCGCCCAUUCGUCGAUACAAUACUACGAGUGCUCGAACCUUGGCCGUCUACCUCGCGAGCCAGGAUAACGCCGAGAAUGGUCUCUGCCCCGGGUUGAAACCGCCCAAGUCUGCACCGGCGACUCUGAAUUCGCUUAUCUUCGCCCCGAGACACAAACUUCCCUCGAGGGACGAGCGCAUUACGAAUUCGCAGAAGGCCGAGAAUGGCGCCCCCCGCGGAAGGCUACAAAUAGAAAGGGACAAUGAUGGGUGUACCAAGCCGCAGGCUCCGGCUCACAACAGGAGGGGAAGCAGGACCAAUAGCGUGGGAAAGUCUAAGGUGGAACUACCAUUACGAAACCCAGAAUGUAGAGGAGGCUCGCUCAAGGACGAAUUGACGAUAACCGAGGAACGGGUCAGCAAAGACUACCGUUCGUUUGCGGCGAACAUGUUUGGGACAGUGGCAUUCAAGAUGCUCGAAUGGCUAACGCCAAGUGGGAUUGAAGAAAUGACACGGAAGUCUAAUGGUCUCCGACCGGAGACCACUCCAAACCGGCCGGGAAAUGCAGUCGUAACUCGGGAGCAAAAGGUCGAUCUGCCGGACCUAUCCCCGCGUUCAAAACCUGCAGAGGAUCUACCAACCGUCAAUGGCAUACCGCAUACGCCCGUUCCGGGAAGAGGUGGCAGUGCCGCUGAGAACACUCAGGUUGCCAACGAUGGAACCCGCGAUCCUACGCGGGACGGGGAAGAGCCAUCCCAGCGGGGGCCGCCGCCGGCCGCGCGACCGAGUAACUCGCGACAUAACUCGAAUGCGAAAGUACGGACACCGUCAGGCCCGAAGCCUAAGCGGAAGCUCUCAAUCGAUACGUUUCUUCAGGACGGAAUGCCCGACGACUCGCUGUCCAACCUGCUAAGGUCGCCUCGUCUCGGCUCUCAAAAUGACAAGACUCCUACAAACCUCAAACCAGCGAGUGGCGCGCUGACUCGGCCUAUCUCUCAACUCACGACAGCGGGCUUCUUCGACGGUGUGUCCUUGGAGAAAAUGCCACCACCGAAGCCCGUUGAAAUAAAAACCAGGGCUGGUCGCGGUCAGGUGGAUGGGCCAAAGAAAAGCGAGUCAAGCAGCCCCAAGGAAUCUGUUCAUGCUUCAGGGACUGCGUCUGACGGUUCCUGGUCCGAUCACUCCCUCGGGGCUGCCGAUGCGGAUCCAGGGUCCGACUUUGUCUGCCUACUUCCACAGGCAUUGUCUCGCUUGACUCCCGAUAUGGUGGAUUUUGUCUGUGAUGUCCUCCAAGAAGACGGCAGUAGCGAGAGACAUAUGCUGGAGCCCUCAACCGUGACACGAUUCCACUGCAAAGCCCCUAACCAAGGCAAGCCACUUAGGAGGCGGAGAUCGCACUCACGGCGGAAAGCUUCGUCAAACCUGAAGCUGGAGUGGAAGCUUUUCGUCGACCAGACUGUUUUCUACAUUCUAAGCGACCCGCAGCUGGCAGUCCGGUCCUUUACAAAGGAUGGAUCAUUAUACGACUCCCAAACGCUCUGGUACUGCAUGCUGAGGAUGACUCGGGUCGUGCCCAGCUUGGUCUUCCACAGUCUCUGGACAGCCUCUGCCAGCCUCUUCGCCCCUCCCAAAGCGCUCCAAUCUCCCCGGUCUCCAACAGCCAGAUUAUUCCCAAAGCAUGGAGAGUCGCUUUCUAACUUUGAGGCGGGCUGCCUGAUGUCGAUAUGCCUACAUGCCUUGGUUGCUGCGGCUCCCUUAAUAUCAGACCAAAGGCAGCUGUACGAUAUGUCCCGCAUCCGAUCCCAUGGCCUAAGCCUGGCGGGCAGUGGCGCCAUAGCACGACAACCCGCGUCGCUCUGUUUGCAAUAUGACGACGCCUUCUCCAACGACCUUGCCUUGCGACUAGCGAGAAGGUUGUUCGCUGCCGUCACGACCCGCCGAUACUUUGAUGACUUGACCGACUUAAACUCGGGCGACGGACACGAACGGGAGCCAGACGUCCUCACGGCCCUCUUCUCGCAGCUAGAUUUCCUCAACAUGGACGCCGUGUAUAUCCUCAGCUUUUCAGUUCCCGACCGUGCCCUACACGAGACAAGGGUGCCAACUUUGCUGCUGGACUGGGCAAGGGCGGUUAUGCUGAGUGACUGGGACGGCAAGCCUGAAGUUCCCGGCGAUGGCCCAUUUGGUGGUGCACUUGCACUAAUAGAAUCCAUGUACAAGAGGCGGCAGGCGCUGCUCCUAGGGGAUGCUCAGUUCCGUUCGGAAUACUUCGCCGACAGGCUGGAUCCUGUCGAAAUGCCGGUCAAUUGGCUAUCGCAUACAUCAACGAGGCAGAAGUUGCACCUUCUGGACUUCCCCUACAUCUUCAACCCAUCCACACUAGUGUCGUAUUUCCGCUCAAUCAACUUUUCGAGGAUGAGCAGGGCUUUCGAGGAAUCCAGCUCUCUUCAGAGCCGGAUGGGCGCCAUUAUGUUUCCCAAGAGCCUGAUCGUCGACCCCCACCACAAGGAGGUUCUUCAAGACCUUCUGAGCACAGCGUCCUCGAAAUAUCUGAAUAUCGAUAUUUCCCGUGAACGUGUCCUGGAAGACGCACUUGAUCAACUUUGGCGCCGGCAGGAGCGCGAACUCCUACGACCGCUCAAGGUUCACCUUGGCGAGGAUUCUGGAGAAGAGGGCUUUGAUUCCGGCGGCGUUCAACAAGAGUUUUUCAGACUUGCGAUAGCCGAGGCCCUGAACCCAGACUCCGGAGCCUUCACCAUUGAUGAGAGGACUCGCAUGGCUUGGUUUCAGCCCGGUUCCCUGACCGCCGACUGGAAAUUCGAACUCAUUGGCCUUCUCGUUUCCUUGGCUGUGUACAACGGGCUCACCCUUCCGAUCACAUUCCCCAAAGCCCUAUACCGGAAACUGCUUAAUGAGCCGGUCACCGAGCUCCAUCACAUUGCGGACGGGUGGCCCGAGCUAGCUAAUGGCUUGACCACACUCCUGGAAUGGGAUGAGAAGGAUGGACUCGUCGAAGACGUGUUCGCACGAACCUACGAAUUCUCUGUUUCCGUCUUCGACCAGCCCAUUUCACGGGAGAUGAAGCCCCUUUCAAGCGGAACGUCGUCGAGUUCGGCGUCCGAGACUUGGCCCCAGUUCCCCAAGACGGUCAAUGAAGCAUCGUCCACAACAGCACCUCACACGGGCAAUCCCGACGAUGCGCCACUCGUCACGCAUGCCAACCGUAAUGCAUACGUUUCCGACUACAUACGUUACCUGACCGACGUCUCCGUGCGGCCCCAAUACGAGGCAUUUGCUCGCGGCUUCCGCGCGUGCCUGCACCCAAAGAGCCUGAAGCUGCUGAACUCGAACCUCCUGCAGUCCGUGGUGGAGGGCGUCCAGGAGAUCGAAAUCGCCGAGCUGCGGCGCCACACCCGCUACGUCGGCUGGGACGCCAGCCACCGCACCGUCAAGGAUUUCUGGAGCAUCGUCAAGCGGUACGACGAGUCGAUGCGGCGCAAGCUGCUUGAGUUCGUCACGGCCAGCGACCGCGUGCCCGUCGGCGGCAUGAAGAGCCUGCAGUUCGUCGUGCAGAAGAACGGCGCCGAGGAGGGCGAGGACGGCCACCUGCCUACGGCGUACACCUGCUACGGCACGCUGCUGCUGCCAGAGUACCGCGACAAGGAGGUGCUCAGGGAGAGGCUGGCGAUGGCGCUGGAGAACGCGCAGGGGUUCGGGUUUGCCUAAUACGUUGCUGCUGCGAUUGAUUGCCCCAUGGCGGUGCCUGUGGAUGAUAAUACUGUGUAAUCAACUGGUCAGCGGAUUUGAGGGCGUUGGGAUGAAACGACCAGGAUCCAAGGGUAUGUCGUUCGUUGCCGGGGGUUCUUCGUUUUAUAUUCUACUAUUUCUAUUGUGGAUAUAUACUCGGGUAUCGGCAAGGCGUGUCUGGCAAAAAAAGGCGUCUGCAAUAGAAUCCUAGCAGGCCAUGAAUGUCUUAUAUAAUCACCGUUCAGGCGUGACAUAGAGUUCUGUGUCAGCGUCGAGGGCGGAGGAGCAUCACAUCGCAAAACAUAGCCGCAGUUAUGAUGGGACCUUGACCGGCUCUCGGAUCCCCUUCUGCGUUGUACAUGUCUAUGGUAGUAAAUCCAUUAAGCCAUACACAGGGUGCUUUUUUUAUCA